AUGAAUUUUUCCGCAUUUCUUUUCGUUUCGCUCUUCGUGUACACUCAGUGUGACCCACAACAACACGCCAUCGAGGCUUGUGAGCAAAAAUCAGGAAUUACUAAAGAAAUCCUACAGGAUCUUAGAGCAGGAAAAUUUGAUAACCCAAAAGCAGCGCCCUAUUUAUUGUGUACUCAUAAGGUGAUUGGGUUCCAAAACGAAGCAGGGGAGUUACAGGCUGACAAAAUUGAAUAUCAUCUAAAGAAAGUAUGUCGCACUCAGGAGCAAAUGCAACUCAUAGAACAGCAGUGUUUGCAUAAUAAGGAGACCCCAGAAAAGACGGCUUUAGAGUUUAUAAAGUGCAGCUAUAUUUAUUUAUACGGAAACACAAAUUGA